AUGAACAAUAUUGAUUUGAACAAUUCUUAUGCCACUGAGACAUUUGGAGAAUCAUUUAACGGUGAUGUUAACUCUCGGGGGUCUGAGGAGGGUGAUCCACAUGGGUACACGGACACCGAUUCAUUGUUUGAUAGAAAUGCCGAUGAUGACGUUGAAGGCGACGCCGAUGCGGACACGGAGACAGAAAUUUGUGAGUCACAAGCUAAUCUCAAUGAUGGCAUUGAUUCUUUUGAAUCGUUGAAGAAAAGUUUUGAGAUGAAGCUUGCUGUAGGUACUGAGAUUGACAUCCUAUACGCCGUGCAUAAAUUAUACUGUGAUUACGCGGCUGUGAUGGGUUUUUCAGUCCGGAAAGGCAAUCAAGAGUAUUUUAAUCCCCCGGACGAUGUUCGUAUGAAGAUGUAUCAUUGUUCAUGUGCCGGAACAGCAGAUAAUAAGUCAUCGAAGGGGAGAAUAGCAGCUUAUAAAAAACAGAGUUAUAGGAGUAACUGCGAAGCAAAGCUUCGGGUUGUGCGUGACGAUAUUGAGACUCCUUGGAGAAUUACUUUGUUUGUGAAGCAACAUAAUCACGAAUUGGUGAAUCCUAGGCAGACUUAUUUGUUGCGAUCAGCCCGCAACAUGUCACGGCAGAAGAAGCAGUUGCUUAUCUCUAUGCGGGCUAGUGGGAUCGGUGUUAGUAAGGCUUAUCGAUUUUUGGAGGAUGAAGCUGGAGGUCGAGAAAAUAUUGGAUUCAUACGGAAAGAUGUAUACAAUGCGCUAAAUUCUGAAAAUCGGAACAUGUCAAAGGUUGACAAUGGAGAUGCAAAUAAAUUGUUGGAUAUUCUCACUGAUAGAGGAAUGAGUGACCCUUCUUUCUUUUGGAAGGUAAAGCUAAGUGACGAUGGGAGGCUUGAAAACCUUUUCUUUCGUGACACUCGUUGCCUUAUUGACUAUCAACAUUUUGGAGAUGUAUUAUCCGUUGAUGCUACUUACAAGACCAACAAGUACGACUUGAUAUGCGUUCCUUUGAUCGGCAUAAAUCAUCAUCGAACGAAUGUCAUGUUUGGACUUGGUUUCUUGUCAAACGAGAAAACGGAGUCUUAUGAGUGGUUAUUUAGUACGUUUUUGCAAGCUAUGUACCACAAAGAGCCAGCCAUUGUGUUCUCGGACCAAGAUAUGGCUAUCAUGAACGCUGUUGACUACACUUUUCGACAAGCGUCACAUAGACUUUGUCAAUGGCAUAUCAACAAGAAUGCUGUGAAGCAUUUUGGGAAACUUAAUCAGGAUAAGCAUUUCAAAAAUUUGUGGUACAAGUGUAUGAACGGCUGCGAGAGUGAGGAUCAGUUUGACAGUUGUUGGACUAGAAUGAUUGAGGAGCACAAUUUGUCCGAGAACAAAUGGUUUUGUACCAUGCAUAACUUGAGGAAGCGUUGGUCUUCUGCAUUCACUUGCGAUAAAUUUUCUGGAGGUUUACACGCCACGUCUCGAAGUGAAGUGACCAACAAAGUUCUUAAAGAGUUAUGCUCGACAACAUCCACAUUGCAUGAUUUCGUCAUUGGUUUCGAGAGGAUGCAGAAAUCUUGGCGUACUAGAGAGCAUGAAGAGGAUGCGCUUUGUCGGGGCAUGCCUGGAAUGUUAGUGCAAAGAGCAAGCAUUCUUCAGCAGGUGGGCGAGGUUUGUACGAGGAGUGUGUUCAAGCUGUUUGAGUUUGAAUCAGUGCAUUGUAUUUCGGUCGAUUUGACUGAAGAACCCCCUGAUUUGAAUGCUGAGACGUUGGAGUUCAAGUUGUCGUCAAGGACAUCGAUGACAGGUAUUCGUGUCGUGAAAAUUAAUCAGUUUACUAAGUUUGGCUCUUGUUCAUGUCAUUUGUGGGAGACGGACGGCAUUAUUUGCCGGCACCUUUUUAGGGUGUACCUUCACUUUAACCAGCAUCGAAUUCCUGAUGCAAUGUUAUUGAAUCGUUGGAGGAAAGAUUCGAAACAGCGGAUUGCUUUGUGUGAUAAGUUGUUUGACUCGGCAGGCCCAAAUCGGUUCAAUAAUACGGUUUUUGUUAACCACAACACUAAGCGUGUGCACGACCUAUUAACGGAAUACAAGGAUGAUAGCAGUUGUAGAGCAAUGAUACAUGAGUCUAUUACCAAGUUGAUAGAUGCAGUGCAAAGUUCGAGCGGCCAGAGGAUGGAUAAUACAAUGGAUACAGGCGUUGAGCAAUGUUUUCCAGCCAUCCAUCAUGCCGCCAUAAAUCAUUGA